GGAUGCGGCUGCGCGCCUUUGCCCCGAAGCUCGCACCCCCGUCCUGCCGCCGGUCCUGGCUGUCCCCUCCCUUCCUCCGGUCCCGUGCCCCUCUCGCCCCCUUCCUCCCGGGUGCCGCAUCCCUCCCAUCCCGUGCUUUCCCCCCCGGAUCUGCCUCUCCACGGGCGCUUUCGGAGUUUGCUCGGGCUGUUUGCCGAGAGAACGUGACCGUUUUGUUAAAAGCAUCUUUGGUUCGCCCUUGACGGCUCCUGCCCGGGCGGUAAAUGCUUUUAGCGCUAGAAUCCCCAUUAGGCAGCGGUGCUGCCGCCUCGUUCACAAACACCUGGCAGAGCGCAGAGGGGCGCAGCAGCUCAGCCAGCAGCAAGGACGCAACGCGAGCCCGUCCUGGGAUGCAGGAGCAUGGGCUUCCUACAUGACCAACUCCCCGACGCUGAUCGUGAUGAUCGGGCUGCCGGCGCGGGGCAAGACCUACAUGUCCAAAAAGCUCACCCGCUACCUCAACUGGAUCGGGGUGCCCACCAAAGUGUUUAAUUUAGGGGUGUACCGGCGCGAGGCCGUCAAGUCCUACAAGUCCUACGACUUCUUCAGGCACGACAACAAGGAGGCCAUGGAAAUCCGCAAACGCUGUGCCUUGGUGGCCCUGGAAGAUGUGAAGUCUUACCUCUUGGAGGAGUGUGGGCAAAUUGCUGUGUUCGAUGCGACCAACACGACUCGGGAGCGACGGGACCUGAUCUUAAAUUUUGCCAAGGAAAACGCGUUCAAGGUGUUCUUCGUGGAGUCUGUGUGUGAUGAUCCCGAGGUGAUCGCUGCCAAUAUCCUGGAGGUGAAAGUUUCCAGCCCUGACUACCCAGAGAGGCACCGGGAGAACGUGAUGGACGAUUUCCUGAAGAGGAUCGAGUGCUACAAGGUCACCUACCAGCCUCUGGACCCGGAUGCUUAUGACAAAGAUCUUUCCUUCAUUAAAGUGAUCAACGUGGGCCAGCGCUUCCUGGUGAACCGAGUGCAGGAUUACAUCCAGAGCAAGAUCGUUUAUUACCUGAUGAACAUCCACGUGCAGCCUCGCACCAUCUACCUGUGCCGGCACGGCGAGAGCGAGUACAACCUGCUGGGCAGGAUCGGCGGCGACUCGGGGCUCUCAGCCCGGGGCAAGCAGUUCUCCCAGGCUCUGAAGAAGUUCAUUGAGGAGCAGGAGAUCGUGGACCUGAAGGUGUGGACGAGCCAGCUGAAGAGGACAAUCCAGACAGCAGAGUCCCUGGGGGUGCUCUACGAGCAGUGGAAGAUCCUCAACGAGAUUGAUGCUGGGGUCUGUGAAGAAAUGACCUAUGCAGAAAUUGAAGCCAAGUAUCCAGAGGAGUUUGCCAUGAGGGACCAGGAGAAAUACCUUUAUCGUUAUCCUGGAGGGGAGUCCUACCAGGACUUGGUGCAGCGCCUGGAGCCAGUAAUUAUGGAGCUGGAGAGGCAGGGAAACGUCCUGGUCAUCUCCCACCAGGCAGUCAUGAGGUGUCUCCUGGCUUAUUUUCUUGACAAGAGUGCAGAUGAGCUGCCCUACCUGCGCUGCCCCCUCCACACCAUUCUCAAGCUCACACCUGUUGCCUAUGGCUGCAAAGUGGAGACAAUCACCCUGAAUGUGGAAGCAGUGAACACCCACCGGGACAAGCCCUCCCUGACCUCGCCUCCAGAGGGAAAAGCUUGCCCCUGAGGCCGCUGCAGCAGCUCGGGUGUGCCGACUUUGGGAGGAUGGCCACGCCGGCAGUGUAGGGCUCCUGCUUCCCCCUGCACCCAGCUGGACCCUGCGCCCGGAGCAUCCCUGGAGCCCCACGAGCCUCGGGCUGUGCCUCUGGAGCCUCUCUGUGCCUGCUUUGCACCAGCUGGGAUCUGUCCACGGGGCCGGGCAGGUUCCCUGGGGAGGUUUUCCCAAGCUGCUUUUAGCCCACGCAUCCUCCCUGGUGUUGGAACUGUGUCCCACGUCUUUCCUCCUGGCCAGGAGCCAGAAUUAACCACGGUGGGAGGACAAAACAAUCCCGGUUUUACUCACUGAGGCAGCUUUUCUUUGCAAGAGGCAUUUCCAGGCCAAAUCCCUGAGCUUUUAUUUCUCUGUUACCAUUUCCAAGUUAUUUCCAAGUUCAGACUCGGUUUUUUUCUCUUGUUCAGACUCGGUUUUUUUCUCUUGUUGCAGGGAGCUCCAGGUAGGGUUUGACUCUCCCUCUGUGAGUGCUGGUGUGAAUUCCCCAGUCUGAGCCAGUUCCUUUGCCCUGGGAAGUUUUGCUUGGAUGUGGCACCCAGGUCAGCACACCCUGAUGGGAACAAACCCUCCUGCCCCUCUCUGGGAGCAGCUCCAGGGCUCCAAAUCCCACCUCAAGCCCUAUUUUACCUUCUCAUCCCAACCUGAACUUCAUCCUCUGGUUUUUCCUGCGUUUUGGGCAUGUUUUAUCCAUUUACCCCAGAAAAUGGGAGCAUGGCUGGGACCAGCAGGGCUCCUGGGCAGGGUUUGCAGGAAGCACAAGGUUUUUAUCAGUUUUCUUUAUAAUUCACCAAAUUUUAGGCCCUCAACAAGCUUUUAACUCGCCUAUGAAAAUGCUGUGAAUGUUCCCAAUGCUGCCUUUCAUAGUUUUAAGCUGUUGUAGAGUUUAGAGCACAGCUGCUGCAGCUCUGUGUGGCCAUGUCUUAAAUCCUUAAAAAUCCUUAAAUCCCCACCAAACCCCAAAUUUUCACUUCUCUCCCACAAGCCUUGACCUGUGUUUUGCCAAACUCCAUUUCACCCCACUCCAGCUGUUCUUGCAAUAAGGGCAGGACCCUCAGGUUGGGUGAGGAAAGGAACAUUUGGGCACAGAGCCAGGAGGCUGCUCUGGACCUGCUGUUCCCAGGUGACUCCAGGAUUUAUCUGAGCAAUUCUGGACCCCAGAAGUUGCUUCUUUUAAAUGUGUAAAUAAAUGUUGGGUAAUACCCACAGCAGGGAAACUGUGCCCUGGCUGUGGAGGAGCUCAGCAACCCCAGAGCUUGAGGCUUACCUGGGCAUUUUGAGCUCAAACUUGGUUGUUUUAAACACUCCCAGAGCUGUAACUUGAUAAAACUGAGGUAGAGAGGACCAAGGCAUUAAUCUGGACCCCUCAGGAUUUCUGAGAAGCAGAAAAAUGUGUUGAUCUAAAGCAGUUGUGCCCCCAGAGGGAUGAAAAAUUCGGUGGUGAGAAAUUGAAUUUUUAUUAGUUUUUCUCCUCAGGGUUUUCCUCCCAGGUCCGAUGUUGGGUUUCAAAUAUUUUUGAGCUUAGAAAUAAACCAGAAAAAAAAAAAAAAAAAAUUGAAGGAAGAGAUUUAGAGCCUGUGCAUGGCAGUUCUCCCUGCACACUCCAGAGUGCUCUGAAGGCACAAACCCGUCCUUGCCAGGCUGGGAAAUGUCCUGUGGGAUGUUCACGCACAAAACUGGCUGAAAAGUGCAUUGUGCUCAUAUCACUGAGCAGGAAAUGAUUGUAAGGAGACAAAAAUCUCUGUUUUUACCUGCUGGGAUUUGUGAAUGUCGCUGUUGAUGUGUUGGUGGUCGUGACUUUUUUUUUUUUUUUUUUUUUU